AUGCUUUCUUCGCCAAUAGUCCGCGCAACAAUCCAAUCAUGCCUCCUCUCCGCAUCAAGUAACGUGCUCGCCCAAACCAUCAGCGCAUACCGAACAAACUCACCAUACACCAUAUCCUGGACGCCCGUCCUACACUUCAUCAUCUACACCGCCCUCAACUGUCCCCCCAACUUCCUCUGGCAACAGCUCCUCGAGUCCCUCUUCCCAAGCCGCACCCUGCGCCCCUCUCCCGCUGCCAUCGCCGCCGCAUCAUCCAACGACGACAAGGAGCUCGACUCCGAGGAGGCCACCCAUUCAAUCGUUGAACCGCGCCUCAAUCGCCGCAACACCGUGCUAAAGUUCCUCAUUGACCAGAGCGCGGGCGGCGCAGCUAACACCAUCGCGUUCGUCAUGAUCAUGGCUGGGCUGCGCGGCGCGAGCUGGGAGGAGGCCUGGAAGCUUGUUCAGUUCGAGUUUUGGCCGCUGAUGAUCGCUGGUGCUAGACUGUGGCCGCUGGUUAGUCUUGUCAAUUUUACGGUUCUGGAGUCGGUGGAGGCGAGGAAUCUGCUGGGGAGUUUGGCGGGGAUGGCUUGGGGUGUGUAUUUGAGUCUCGUGGCGGCGAGCCCGUGA